AUCACCAGCUGGAGACGAUACUCGCAUUGCACUGGGCUUCGCUGUCUUUCUACAUAAAACUUAUGUUCUGAAUCCUCCAGUUCCUCACCCUAAUUUGCCACCCAGUGAUACAAGGCCAUGGGCCAAAUUUCCUCCAACAAAAAGUGCAAAUGCAAACUUUGGAU